GAGGUUGAGGUUUAACUCAAAAAUGUAGCAAAGUGUGCGUGAGCAGCAGUUAGGGUAGUAAAGGCGACGGAGAGUUAAGCUGAAUAGGGUAUUUCCAUGGAAUGAAAAGAGCUGCGUGUGGGGAAGAGGGAAAAACACGUCAGAAAUGUCACUAUACAAGCUAUGUCGACCGGUAUCAAGGCGUGUUUGAUGUUGUCAGUCUUGUGGCGGAGUGGGACUGCUGGGGGGCGCAAAAUUCAGCAAUGCAGCAAAAACAAAGCCAAACUGGUAAGGAACGACGAGCUUUGUUUCGAAUGUAGUGGAGCGGGAUCGUGCGUUGACGUCUUGUGCGGCCGGCGACUGUGUCUGCAGAGGAGGCUAAUAUGUAGGGGCAGUCGCAGAGAACUGACUAUAUUUAGAACGCAGGAGGCGUGGAUGAUCGUCCGUAGGUGUCAACUACCUAGACUAGCGUAGAGGCACAGGGGCACAGAGGCGGCACCGACGCUAGGCGAACGUCGAUAAUGAAAACAAACAACCGUCGUGCACGGAGGCAUUCAAUGCAGUCCCAGAGGGAAGAAAAACCGGUCGCGCACC